AUGGACGUCCAGUGUCUGGUGGAGACCGUCUGGUCCAUGGGCGAGCAGACGGUUGACGUCAGUCACGUGUUCCCGCACCUGCCCUACAUCAUCAACUUCUGCAACCUGACGCAGGUGAAGAAGACGAGCGGGUACGUGCGCCAGCUGCGGCGCGCCCAGCAGGCCGCCUAUCCGCUCACCAAGGUGCCGGCCGACGAGUUCGUCUUCCAGCCGCCCACGCUAGAGGAGAUUCGUCGCCCGCCAGCCACCUCCAAGAAGAAGGACAAGAAACGCAAGGACAAGGACAGCAGCGGCACCAAGAAGCUGAUGAAGCAGCUGACGCGGCUGUCCAGCCGGAUCGCCGACUCGCUGGACCCGGACGCCGGGCCGGCGAGUCGGCCGAGUCGCCGCGAGAGCGGUGACUCGGCCUCGGUGGCGUCGGGCGGACGGCCGCCGCGUCGCCACCAUAUCCACCUACAUCAGCCAGAGCUCGCACAGCUCCGGCCGCCAGCGUGUGUCUGA